UAUUGAUUUUUAUUUCCUUUUUAAACAUAUUGAAAGAAACCUUAAAAAACCAAAUAGAAAAUUUUCUUUAGAUAUUAUUACUUUAACUGUACUUACAACUUCGCUGUAUAUAACAGAAUUUUGGGGAAAAUGGAUGACGAUAAUCAAGGAAUGAUUAUUGGAGCUGUUAAAUGCGGGGGCUAUAAAUACAAUGAUGGUACUCAUUACAUAGGUGACUGGAAUCAGAGAGGGCAAAAACAUGGUCUUGGACAUUUAUUACUGCCAGGAGGAAUGCGAUAUGACGGUCAAUUUCAGAAUGGAAUGUGCAAUGGCCUAGGUUGUAUGUGGUUCCCAGACGGUGCAAAGUAUGAGGGCGAAUUUAUGCAAGGAUGGUUUCAUGGUCAUGGAAUAUUCUGGCGUGCUGACGGUAUGAAAUUUGAAGGGGAAUUUCGUGGGGGCCGAAUAUGGGGCUUAGGUUUGGUGACAUAUGCUGAUUUUUCCCAUGGAUUUCCUAGAAAUGAAGGCUAUUUUCAAGAUUGCCGUUUGAUAAGAAAGAGAAAGUGUGCUGAGAUAGUACAAAAAGCUCAAAAAAUAGCUUUAAUGGCAAGAGCUCAGUGUGAACAUCCUUACUGAGUACAAAGUUCAAAAUAUUUUUUAAAAAAAUUUAACUGAAAAUGUAUAACAGGCGAGUAUGUACAACAUAAAUUUUAUUCAAUAGUGAAAACAAUAUGAAACGCAUAUGUAAAAAUUGAUUAAAUUCUUUAUUUUUAGUUUCUUAUUAAUUAUACAAAGAUA